GACAACGCAUGAUCAUUGGUGUUGUUUUCCUGGCUUUCCUUUUUUGAAGGCAAUUUGAUGCAAUUGGUGGUAUUUUUUGGUGAUGAAUUGAUACCCUGUGUCGGAUUCUCGGAUUGAUUUACGACAACGAUUAUUCCUCGUGUUCGGACAGUGCGCUACACCACACACCAUUGCUUCUCGUAUACACGACAGAUUGACACCACCACCAGCAACACCUCUUCUCUACAAAGGCAUACAUACAUACAUACACAACCUCGACCUCAACCUCACCAUUCCAAAAUGUCCUCCACAACCCCCCAACCUGACUCAACAACAACCAAACCAAAAUACAAUCUCCGCAACCCCCUCCCCCUCUCCGCCGCCCAAGAAGCAGAAGUGAAGCAACUCUACUACAAGCGCGUGCGAUCUCUCUGUGCGCCUGAAAUCAAGGCAUUCGCCGAAUGCGCCGUCAACCGCACAAUAACAGCAACAUGGGUAUGUCGGGACCAACGACUAGCGAUGAACUCGUGCAUGGUAGCGCAUGCGAAGCCGGAGGUAGAAGACCGGGCGAGAGAGGAGUGGUUUGCGACGCAUGAGGAGCGGAGGAAGGCGAAGGAGGAGGAGCUUGCGAAGGUGGAGAGACGGAGGGAGGAGGUCAUUCGCAUGAUGAGGGAGGAUCAAGAGAGGCAGGCUGCUGCGAAGGCUGCUGCUGAGAAGAAGUAGAGGGAAAUUGGGUGGGUGUGUAUGUGUAUGAUGGGGAUGGGGUUGGGGUUGUGUGCUGUGUGCUGUGUGUGGGUUGGCGUAUAUAAGGUUAUCCUCCUCUUUUCUUUUCUUUUGUAUUGAUACUGCUGGUUUUGGCGUUUUGUUUGGCAUUUACAGACUUAGUGUGUGUUCAUUGGGACUUGUAUAGUAAGUGGUUGUUGUUUGUUGUUGUUGGUGGUGAUGUGAUGGAUGGAGCGACGAUAGAUGAUGGGUGCAUGAUAUUGAAAGGAAAAGGAAAAGUAUAGCAAAGAAAGAAUAGAUGAAUGAAUCUCCCGUC